AUGGGCCUGGAAGAUUUUGUCGAGGAGGUGGUCGACGCUGUUGACGGCCAGGACGCCGCCGAGCAAGUAGCAGCCGAUAAGACCGGUAACGAUUCCAAGGAAGAUGCCGUUGUUGACAGCAUCGUCGAUGAAGUGGCAGAGAAGGAAGGCGUUCCGGCUGCUCUCCUCCCGGAGAUCAACAAUGUUGUUAACGAUGAGUUCAACAAGAUGUAA